AUGAGACCGAGAGUACGGCCUCCGGGCUCUAUACAAUGGGGCCGUACACCUCGGACGAGGGCUUGUCCUUUCCAACGUCGCUUCUUUGCCGCGGUGGCGGACGCAGUCAGGCCAUAUGACGUCGUAGUCAUCGGCGGCGGCCAUGCAGGCACUGAAGCCAGUGCCGCGGCAGCAAGAUCGGGGGCGCGGACUGCCCUGGUUACACCCUCCCUUUCCAAUCUGGGCGUUUGUUCCUGUAAUCCCAGCCUCGGCGGCAUUGGCAAAGGCACAAUGCUGCGCGAAAUCGAUGCUUUAGACGGGGUCGCUGGUCGAAUUGUUGACAAAGCUGGAAUCCAAUUUCGGAUGCUGAACAGGAGCAAGGGUCCUGCCGUCUGGGGACCUCGAGCGCAGAUUGACAGAGAUCUAUACCAGAAAUACAUGAGGGCAGAGAUGCUUUCGACGCCAAACCUGAGUGUACUGGAAGGGAAGGUCGCGGAUAUUAUAGUGUCGAAAGAAAACAUCGACCCGGGUGAUAAAGUAUCACAGGGACGUAUCACCGGCAUUCGCCUUGAAGAUGGACAGGUCAUUCCUGCGUCCCACGUGGUCAUCACCACCGGUACAUUCCUGGGUGGAGAGAUCCAUAUCGGCCUAGAGGCAUACCCUUCUGGGCGGAUGGGAGAAGCCGCUACCACCGGUCUCAGCAAAUCGCUGAGGAGUGCAGGAUUUACCCUAGGACGGCUCAAGACCGGUACUCCACCACGAUUGGAUCGAGACACCAUUGAUUUCGAUGUCCUUGAGAUCCAGCGUGGUGAUUCACCACCGACGCCCUUUUCUUACUUAAAUAGCAGCGUCCAGAUCGGUGACGAAGGUCAAUUGCAUUGUUGGUUGACCUACACCAACGAGGCGGCACAUGACAUUAUCCGUGCAAAUCUUGACAAGUCGAUCCACAUCCGCGAGACUGUCAAAGGACCACGCUACUGUCCCUCUCUGGAAUCUAAGAUCAUGCGCUUUGGACACAAACCAAGGCACUUGAUAUGGCUAGAACCGGAAGGCCUGGCACCAAAUAAAGUCAUCUAUCCCAACGGAAUCAGCAUGACGGUGCCAGCUGAUGCACAAUACGCUAUGCUAAGGACGAUCAAAGGGUUGGAGAAUGUGAAAAUGCUCCAACCAGGCUAUGGCGUUGAAUAUGAUUAUAUCGACCCGCGGAACCUAUUCCCAACCCUGGAGACUAAAUUAAUCAAAGGUCUCUUUUUAGCUGGUCAGAUCAACGGCACCACAGGCUACGAGGAGGCAGCGGCACAGGGUGUCGUUGCGGGUAUCAACGCCGGUCUGUCGGCCCAGGGGAAGGGGCCGUUCACCCUUUCUCGCGCCGAAGCGUUCAUUGGGAUCCUGAUUGACGACCUAAUCACCAAAGGCGUCAGCGAGCCGUAUCGGAUGUUUACAGCCCGAAGCGAGUAUCGCAUGAGCUGCCGAGCAGACAACGCAGAUCUUCGUUUGACAGAGAAGGGCCGACAGGCAGGGGUAGUUGGCGACACACGAUGGGCACACUUUACCAGCACUCGAGAUCAAAUGGGUGAGUUACAAGCGGCCCUUCAGGAGGCACGAUUCUCGAGCCAGGAAUGGUUGAAGUUUGGCAUUCAAACACGCGUCGAUUCAUCGAGACGAAGUGCCUUCGACAUGCUCCGUUUACCCGGAAUCGACGUCGACACGGUCGCCAAUCGUGUUGAAGCACUACCUAAUCCGGCCAACUACGACGAGAAAGUCAAGUCGCGAGUGCAGAUUGAGAGCAUCUACGCCCCAUACAUUUCCUACCAACAGCGAGCGGUCGAAGUGUUCCAACGAGACGAAUCGCUUGCACUACCAGCCGGCUUGGAUUAUGAUAGAAUCCAUGGCUUGAGUAUGGGAGAGAAAGAGGUCUUGAAACUGGUCAGGCCUUCGAGUGUGGGCAUGGCCAGAAGGGUCGAGGGGCUCACCCCUGCUGGGGCAUUGCGUUUGCUCCAGUACGCUCGACGAGGUGCAUCUUCAGGGCCUGGAACAUCAAGUGCAGUGUUAUCUAACAGGCAACUGGCAAAAUCGGAAAAGCUUGACGACGAGGAUGUCGCUGGCACUGUGUAG